CACAGAAAUAAACAUAACUUGUAAUCAACCAAAGUCGAAAAAACAGAGUUAUCUUGUCGAAUCAAAAUGGUGAAGAUUGAGUUUGGAAGUUUGGGUGACUCCUUUAGUGUAGCAUCUCUUAAGGCUUACUUGUCUGAAUUUAUCGCAACUCUUCUCUUUGUGUUUGCUGGCGUUGGUUCUGCUCUUGCUUUUGCCAAGCUCACAUCCGAUGCAGCCUUGGACCCGGCUGGUCUUGUCGCUGUCGCAGUGGCUCACGCCUUUGCCCUUUUUGUUGGUGUUUCCAUAGCCGCCAACAUCUCCGGUGGACACCUUAACCCCGCUGUGACACUCGGCCUCGCAGUCGGUGGCAACAUCACAGUAAUAACCGGUUUCUUCUACUGGAUUGCUCAAUGCCUUGGCUCCAUCGUCGCUUGUCUCCUCCUCGUCUUCGUGACCAAUGGCGAGAGCGUACCGACUCAUGGAGUAGCAGCCGGUUUAGGAGCUAUUGAAGGAGUAGUGAUGGAGAUUGUGGUGACCUUUGCUCUGGUGUACACAGUCUACGCCACAGCGGCUGAUCCAAAGAAAGGAUCACUUGGAACCAUCGCUCCAAUUGCUAUCGGUUUCAUCGUUGGCGCCAACAUCCUCGCCGCCGGUCCAUUCAGUGGCGGUUCGAUGAACCCGGCUAGGUCAUUUGGACCAGCUGUUGUCAGCGGUGACUUCUCUCAGAUAUGGAUCUACUGGGUGGGUCCACUAGUCGGUGGUGCACUUGCCGGACUCAUCUACGGUGACGUCUUCAUCGGAUCCUACGCUCCGGCUCCCACCACAGAAAGCUACCCUUGAUCAAUCCUAUGCGAUUUUAAUUUGUUUGGCUUGCUUUUUGUUGUGUGAAAAUGUUUGGUCCAAGUUUCUUCCGAAAAUAAAUGAUUGAAUGUGGAGAAAAAGAUCAAAGUUGUACUUUGUGUUGGUUAAAAAUAAGAAUUGUAUAUUUUCAGAAUCUCUUUUUCAUGUGAUCAUUGAUCAGUAGCUAUUUAUAUCUGCCUUUUUACUUUCUUGCAUGUGUUAAUCCCAAAAGUAUUUUUAGUAAACUCAUGUUAUAUUC